AACAACGAACGCGAAUACAACAGACAUGAAGUUCUUAGCGCUUCUCUGCUUGGUGGCCUGCGCCGCCGCAGACUACGACGGCUAUUAUGACGACUAUUACAAGUACCCGUACGGCCACGGCCAGCCACGGUACUAUGGCAAGUACGGCGGAGGAUAUUAUCCAGACUAUUACAGCUACAAACCAUACGGCAAGAAUAACUAUCGGUACAACUACGACAUCUACUACCCCUGGGAAAAGGCCUAUCAGAGCAAGUACGAGAGCAACUACGGUGGCCGCACCCGCGGUGGGUACAACGUAAAGCUGCCGUACAGCAAGGUCAACGUCGACUACGACAUCAAACACGGUGGCUACGGCUAUCCCAACAAGCCCUGGUACUAACACCGCAAGUCCCACAAAUCGGCUGCAAUGAUUUUCCUAGAUCCAGAUAUAUUUAAUGUCCAUAGAAAUGGCGGCGGACAGAAUAGUUGUAUAACAGCUUAAUAUAAUAACUUAAUAGACAACCCGGCCGCCAUCAUGAUUAGCCACUGGACGCCGUGCAUUAGACGAGUGCGUGCGCUUGCGUGGCUGACAGUCUGCACCGCUGAUAUCCCGCCGUGUACCCCGUCUGUAUCUGAUAUUGAAGAAUGUGAAUAAAAGGAUACCAAAUAAAACAU